GCGGAAUUUAAGGCAAGGCUUAACGAGCAGAUGAUGGUCGAGGAUGAAGAGGACCCCCAGGGCGCAGGGUCACGUGAGGGACGCAGGACCGGUCAAGACGAGGCUAGGUAUGAGGGGAAGGAUAAUAUCCACAGAGGAACGCCUAGUAAGAAGGAGAAGGACAAGAACGACCUCCCGACGGAGGAGACGGAAAACGCUAUGACCCCACCCGCCAUCGACAGCGGCAUUAGCAGAUUGCCCGCCACGCCGAAAGUAACAGGGGCAUGUGACAGACUCUGGAACCUUAGGGAAAGAGUGCUAGGAUGGUUCAACCCAGAAGGAACGCCGAAAACCAGGGAGAAGCAGAGGGAAAGCAAGGUAGGGGAAGGGACCAGUGCGGCCGGGGAAGCAGGUGGCUCCGAAGAUGGUCUCAAGAGGGUAGUCGCCACCCUCACCAGGACACUAAACAAGAACCAGGGGUAUCUCGCAGAUGCAAAGAAGAAACUCACGUUCGAUGGGGCCAACAUUACGGAGUUUCUAAUAGACUAUGAGAACCUAGCAGCCUUACUGAAAUGGACGGAAGAGGAAAGGAUGGAGCACCUGGGGCAGCACGUGUCGCUAAGCUUGGGAAGGGACAUUAUGGCCAUCGUCGCCUCCAACUUGUACUCAGGAUAUGAUCAGUUGUCGCUCGAUGCGAGGGAUAGAGCGUACACCGCAAUGCACACCCCUGUAGGGCAGCUGCAGAUGCAAGUGACCCCUAUGGGUUUUACAAAUGUGGUAGCAGAGGCGCAGAGAAGGAUGCUCGCCGUCGCAGGGGAUAUGUUUCCGGAAAAGUGUGAACCGUAUAUAGAUGAUAAUCCCGUAAAAGGCGCAAGGUACAAGGACGAGACGGAGGUCGAGCCGGGCGUACGAAAGUUUAUCUGGGACCACCUGCAGGAUAUUAAGGACCUACUCCAGCGAUUCCUUGUUUACAAUAUUACUGCAAGCGGACCCAAGAGCAUCCUGGCCGUCCCGGAGGUAACCAUACUGGGAUUUUGUUGCGGAGCUUAUGGGAGGAGACCCGACCCAGCAAAGACGUAUAAGAUCUCCCAGUGGCCGACACCCCUGCGUACCACGACGGAAGUACGAGCCUUCCUAGGGGUGGUUGGGUUGUGGAGGAUCUUCAUCAAAGGAUUCGCAAAGAUAGCAGAACCUAUCCGCGCGAUGAUUAGGGAAGGUGGCACUAUGGAUUGGACCGAGGAUAGGGAAGAGGCAGCCCAGACCCUGAAAGACAUCUUGUCAUCCGAUCAGGUCACACUAGCAGCAUCCUAUUUCAAUGACGAGGCAUACCUGUUCGGAAGGCGAUUUAUCCUAAGGAUCGAUCCCACCAACGUUGUCGGGGCCCUAAAGAACUACAAGCCUAUAGAUCCGACCGUUGGCGGAUGGAUAGGCUUCAUAUGGCAAUUCGACUAUAAGGUCGAGCGAAUUGCAGGCCUUCGAAAUAGGGCAGAUGGGUUGAGCAGGGUAUGUAUCACGCCAGAAGGGGUAGAGGACGAGGACCCAAUUCACGCCUUCCUGGAGUACGAAGGAGGGACCCUUGUUGUGGAUAAUGAGAUGGUAGAUCCAGCAAUUACAACAGGUCAGUUGUUGAUUCAGACCUUGGAAAAGGGCGCACCUGCAGUGGUUGCGGAACUCAGGGAAGGACCAGUCACCACGGUCAGGCGUAAAGAGGAGAAGGACUCGUCGGGAGCAGAAGUAGGGGCCAGGGAAGAAUUGAUGGCGAUGACCGUGGAAGGGGGACGGGACGCCGUAAUGAUGUUGGCCGAAACCUGGGCGCAGAAGGAGUGUCAGUACCUAGUCAACCUCACUCGGGAGGAGCAGGGUACGGAUCAGAAGGAACAGGAGUUCUUCCUCAUACAGAUGUACGAGGGCGUCUUCAAAGAAAUCGGUCUGCUACUUGUAGGGAACAAACAACCCACGGAAGUCAGUCCCAAGGCAAGGAAGAAAGUCAAAAAGUAUGUCCUAAGAAAUGRCCACMUGUUCAAGAAAGAGGWAGGGAUGAUACCUAGGCGUSUCGUUUGUGGGAGGUCUAGGAAGCUGGACGUAAUCCAGGCAAUGCAUGACGGGCUAGCUGGAGGUCACCGGUCGUCCAAGGGGACACUUGCAAAGAUCGUGCCCCUGUACUUUUGGCCAGGGAUGGCAGGCAUGGUCGCAACGUAUUGUCAAAUGUGUCUGAUAUGUCAAGAAAGGAGCGUCGUACGAGUUUACGAUCCCCUUAGACCCACCCGGGCACUGGGACCCGGACACCUUGUUCACCUCGACCUUGCCGUUAUGCCCGUAUCAACGGAUGGGUUUAGAUACAUCUUGGAUGCAAGGGAUAAUCUCAGUGGCUAUAUAGAAGCCAUAGCCCUCAAGAAGAAGACGGGGAAAGCGGUGGCCGACUGGGUGGAAGAUUUCUACCUAAGGCACCCCUUCGUGUGCAGGUUUAUAGCAGACAAUGGGACAGAAUUCGUUAACCAGGAAGUGUUGAACAGGCUUAAGACACUAUGUGUACCGAUCAAGAUAACCGAGCCCUACCAUCCUGAGGCAAAUGCACCAGUAGAAAGGGGUCACCGGACUUUGAAGAACACAAUCGCAAAGUUGGCAGCAGAUAAUUUGGGAAGUUGGUCAUGGUUUCUCAAGCAGGCAAUCUUCGCCGAGAACAUGACUCCAAAAAGAACAACGAGAUGUAUUCCAGCAGAACUCUGGUAUGGAAGGGAGAUCGAUUUUCCGAUAGAAGCUUUGGUCCAUACCUGGAACAGGCUAGAUGACGAUCCACACUUGAGCAUGGAAGAGUUAAUCACCGCACGUUGUCAGCAUGUCGCCAGGAAUGAGGAGGCACUCGAGGAAGUAGUCAAUCGUGUGACGGACAGCCGAAUGAGGGAUAAAGCAAGAUAGGACCAGGGCCAGGCAAGAAGAAGGAAGACAACAAAAAUAAAAUGGAGUUUGGGAAUGAAAAUGACGGCAAUGC